ACUUCACAACUUCGGACGUGCCCCAAAAAAAAAGCCGGUAAAAUCGGCCUACAAAUAUCAAUAUAACUAUUGGAGGGGCGUGGUUGCAGCAAAAGCUCUUGCUGGGGCCCAGCGAAAAUAUUUAAAUGUUAAUUGUUUGCGGGAUUUAAAGAAGUUCACGAGAGAAAUAAGUGCGUUGUCGCGUGUGCAAUUAUGUGGCAUGAGGCGCGCAAGCAGGAGCGCAAGAUACGCGGCCUGAUUGUGGACUACCGCAAGCGAGCGGAACGGCGACAAUACUUCUACGACAAAAUCCAAGCGGAUCCCACACAGUUCCUGCAGCUGCAUGGCAGACGGAGCAAGAUUUACCUGGACCCAGCGGUAGCGGCAGCGGGCGAUGGUGCCGCCAUCAUUGUGCCGUGGCAGGGGCAGCAGGACAAUCUAAUAGAUCGAUUCGAUGUGCGCGCCCAUUUGGACCACAUUCCGCCAGUGGGCAAGGGCGGCGAGGGUGGCGAUGCGAACACGGAUAUGACGGCCGAGGAGCGGCAGUUGAACUACGAACGCUAUCGGAUUCUGGCCCAAAACGAUUUCCUCAAUGUCAGCGAGGACAAGUUUCUGCACCAGCUGUACCUCGAGGAGCAGUUCGGGGCCAAUGCACAGCUGGAGGCGGAACGCAAUCUGGCCAAGAAGAAGCAGAAGACGGGAGGUGCCACCAUUGGCUAUUCCUAUGAGGAUGCAGGCGACGCGGGAGCAGCCACAAUUGGACCACAACCCUUUGGGCAUUCCAUGAACUCGCCAGCGGCAGGGGCCAUUGUUACCGGCACAGCCGGCGGCGGUGACAAGGGCGAGGGCUCCGAUGAAUCCGACUCGGAUAUCGACAUGGACGUGUCCAUAGACAUUGGGAAGCUGGACACGGCGCAGGCCCACGAGCUGAACGCGUGUGGCCGAAACUAUGGCAUGAAGAGCAAUGAUUUCUUUUCGCAUCUUACAAAAGAUGCAGACGAGGCGGAUGCCCUGCGCAUUGCGCGCGAAGAGGAGCAGGAGAAGAUGCUGCUCAGUGGUCGCAAGUCGCGCCGAGAGCGACGGGCCCAAAAGGAGCGACGCAUUGCCAAUAGGCCCUUUAGCCCGCCCAGUUAUGCGGCCAAGGAGGACAAGAAGGGUGGCAAGAAUGAAAAGGAUGAAGAGAGCGACUCGCGCUCACCUUCCCCGGCCGAGGCUGGGCCCGAGAAGAUCACCUACAUUACCUCAUUUGGAGGCGAGGACGAAAUGCAGCCGCACUCAAAAAUCACCAUCAAUUUGUCCAAGCCCGGUCCCACGCUGGGCGAAUCCUGCAUCAAUGCCAGCACUGGGGCGGCCAUUGCCAGCUCCGGUGCUGGUGGCUCCGUCUCGUAUGCCCAGAAGGUCAAGGAUAAUCUCGACAAGCUGAAGCUGAUGAAUGAGACGACCAAGCGCAGUGGUCGCCGUCGGACGCGAUCUCGCUCACGCUCCCGCAGUGCAUCCGGUAGCAGGAGUCGCAGCGGCAGCCGACGACGCAAUCGACGAAGUCGCAGCUACCGCAGACGCAGCCGGACACGGUCACGCCGUCGUCGCAGAUACUAUUCUAGAUCUAGGUCCCGAUCGAGGUCUCGUACCCGUUCCCGCUCUCGCUCUGGAUCGUGGAAACGCUACAAGAGCCGCAGUCCAAGCUACAAGCGAUCGCGCAAGCGCUACUCCUACUCCUCGCGCAGUUCCAGUGCCAGUUCCUUUGAAGCGGGACGGAGAAGACGCAGUCGCUCGCGUUCUCGCUCCCAUUCCGACCGUCGUAGCCGCCCCAAGAAGAAGACCUCACCAUCCCCGGUUCCUCCUGCGGCGGGAGGCGGCUACUGCCUGAGUACAACAACCACAACAACAACCACAUCCACUUUGACAGCAGUGAAGCUGCUACAGCAACAGCAGCCAAGGGCGCCACCUCCACCCAUGAUUAGUUAUCCGCUGUCCACGAGAGUCCUCGGUUUGACCACGACGACUCCAGCAGCUCCAGCAGCUCCCACAGUGCCUGUACCUGCACUGCCGCAAGUGGUGGAGGCACCGCCGCCGCCACUCAAACGUUACUAUGGCCGGAAAAGAGCCAAUGAUACCUCCUCCUCAUCGUCAACGGGCGGCGGCGAUAACAGCGAGGCCAGUGGCAAUGAGGAACAACUGCAGCCAGCGGCAAGCAACAAGCCACAAGCCGAUGAUUCCGAUGAAAUGGAAGCGGACACUGCGUCAGAGCGAUCGCAUGCGCUCCACCACCCAGCGAUGUCGUCAACAUGCAGCACGGGUAAUCAAACAGGCAAAUAUAGUUCUGCUACCGAAACCAAAGGACACUCUGGGCAUGGACAGUCGGCCAGCAACAGUGGCGGUGGCAGUGGAAGACCCAAUCUGCGCGAGCGUCUUAAGCGGAAAAUGCAGAACCUGCUCAAUCGGCAAUAUAAGGCCGAUAAGCGAGCUGAGAUUGAGAAGACAGAGCGGGAGCGACAGCAGCAGCAGGAGCGCGAGGAUGAGAUGCGCGAAUUGGCGCUGAAGCUACGCCGAAGGCGUCGGGAGUUGCGUCACAAAUACGGCACACCCUCCAGUGGCAAGCUGUCUGGCAGUGAUGGAGAUGCGUCGGAUGCGUCCGAGAGCCUGCUGCCGCAGCCCUCGGCUCGUCGCAGUCGCAGCAGAUCACGCAGUCGCAAGCGGAGUCCUGUCGAGCAGCACACUAGGCGGAGCAACAGUCGAACCGAGCGCCGGCGGCGUACGCGCAGUCCUAGUCCCAGGUACAAUCGAAGGCAGAGAUCGCGCUCGAGGAGCGGAAGCCGCGUGGACCGAAAGCGACGUUCACACAGCCGCCGGCGUAGUGGUAGCCGCGAGCGCAGGGGAUCACGAAGCCGUCGCAGUCAGUCGAGGCGCCGACGACAACGCGAACGGAGUAUGGAGAGGAAUCGAGAGCGUGAGCGGUACAGGCAGCAGCAUCAUCAUCGGCAGCAGCAACAGCAGGAGGAAAGAACUCGUGGUGGGCGAGACAGGGAUCGGGAUAGAGAUGGGAACAACAGUGGCCCAAGUCGGGGACGUGUCGUCAUCUCGGCACCGCCAAAGCUCAAGAAACUGGUUGACUAUUGAAUCGACUGUGAACGAAUAUGUGUUGGAUUAUACAAAAUAUCGCAUAAUUGUUUUAGCCAUAAGACACUUUUUUAGUGCGCGGAAAGCGUCAACUGUUGAUUUUGGCCCCCAAAUAAAGUAAUUUUAGAUAUAAAA